ACGGGACUAAUUGGCUGCCUUCAUAGUUUCUCGAUAGAUAAAACUGUAAAUUUACCCAAUAUCUUAGAGAAAUCAUCUUCAUCUUCAUCUAAUUCAAUAAUACGAACUGUUAACAUAAUCGAUUGCCUUGAAAUGCCUUGUUCAGGAUCAACCAUCCAAAGAUACACCAAAGAUACAACCUCACCACCCACAACAACAACAACAACUUAUCCAUCAUCCUCAUCCUCAUCCUCAUUAGCUAAUCAUUAUCCCUGUCAUAAUGGUGGUACCUGUUUACCUUUAAUAUCACCAAUCGAUGGCUCUCUGUCAAGCUCAUGUAAAUGUAAACCUGGUUACACAGGGAAUCAUUGUCAAUUGGUGAGUGGUGAAAAUUUUUGCUCAAAAGAAAACAAUCCUUGUAUCAAGGAUACAAUUUGUGCCUCGUUACCUGAGAAUCAGGGUUACUCAUGUUUCUGUACCUCUGAUGAUAAUAGUCUCAACCUUUGUCUCAAUGCUCAACGAAAAACUGAAAAUGCAUUUAUACCUGAUUUUAGUUCAACCUCUUACUUGACCUUACCCACACUGACCAAUAUCGCUCAAACUUUUAUCAUUGAAAUUUGGUUCUACUCCAGAGAUCCUGAUGGACUAUUGUUUUACAAUGGACAACAAUCAAUCAAUUCUAGAGGUGAUUUCAUCUCAUUGAAUUUAGUUAAUCGUUUUGUUCAAUUUUCCUACAAUUUAGGUUCAAUUAAUCCUCAUGAAAGUGGAUUGGUAACAUUGAAAAGUGAUGAUAAAAUAUCAAUUGGUAAAUGGCAUUCAAUUAGGAUAACUCGAAAUCGUAAACAAGGAAGUCUUCAAUUGGAUUCACUUGCAAUGGUCUAUGGAGAGGCGAAGACUAAUUUAAGUGAGCUUAACUUGGAUCAACCAUUUUAUAUUGGAUCGAUUCCUCCAAUCAAUUCAUUAACUACUCACCGAGAAUUAAAUUUAACCAAAGGAUUUAACGGAGCAAUUCAGAGGAUUGUGGUCAAUGGUGAUGUUUGGGAUGAUUUGCUUGACCGAUCAAUUGAGAUUUACAAUAUUGCCAAAUACUCUGGACCACCAUGUGAAUCACCUAAUCCUUGUUCAUCAUCUUCAUCUUCAUCAUCAUCAAAUUCAAUUUGUGUCCCACAAUUUAAUGAUUAUUUCUGUAAAUGUAAUCACUUUGGCGAUUAUAAUGAAAACUCAUGUGAUUCCAAUGAAAAAUGACAGAAAACAAAGAAAAAUUUUAUCACGAAUAAAAUUAAAAUACUAAUAAAAUAUUUACUUGUCCAACAAUUAAUUUAAUUAAUUUCUUUCUUGAUUAAAGAAAAAUGAUCAAGAAAAAGUUU